AUGCCAGCCAACGAAUUCUUCAAGAACUACACAUUCGGUAGUCGUAAGAGCCGCGAUGACGGCAUCCAGAACUUGAAGAUUUCAGAUUCUACUUCACCUUGCCUGGUCAGCUACCCAAGACCAUCGGAGUGGCGUGCUAUGAAACGGUCCCAGGAGUUAAUUCUUCCCAUCUUGCCUGGACAUUUCCGCUUCCAGGGUCUUCCAGGAGAAAUUAAGAACCAGAUCUACCGGGAAUUGCUAUUGACGAACAUCCCUCUUCAACUCAUCCAAAGCCAUCCCGUCUGGCCAGAUCUCCACGAUCCUGGCUAUAAGUUGCAUCCAACGAUCCUUCGCGCCAACAGGCAGAUCCAUCAAGAGGCUGCUUCAGUGCUAUAUGGUGAAAAUACUUUCUACGUUCAUGUCGGCACUUCGGCUACUCUCGCUAGAGAUCAGAUGUCCUGGUCAUCCUUCGGUUCGGAGAAGGCAUUGGCUCCAAGUAUCAAGAGCUACAUGCCACUCCUAAGGAGAAUCACCGUAUAUUCAUGGGUUAGCGGAACCGUCAGAACCAGGCUAGAAAUCUGCAACCUCUUCCAAAUAAUUGGGGUCAAUCUCCGUUACUUGACGCUGUUCGCCCUCAAGUUUCCGGACGUGGAGACGAUGGAGCUGAAUGCGCGGGCUGGAGGUCGAUGGCUCGUCAAGAGGGAAGGAAAGGAACUAGCAACAAAAUUUGUCUGGUUUCCGCCUCAGGAGAUUCCACACUUGUCCUUGGGCACUUGGCUAGUGAAGGAGGAUGAACGGGUCACAGGCGUAGGGCUCCUUCCGGGCCUGGGCGCGAUUUAA